AUGUCCCAAAACGACGCUGUUGACAACAUUCCUCUCUCCGAGUGGGAUACUUCUGUCGUUCUUCAAUUCUUGACCAAUCAAAAAAUUACAGACAAAAAAGUUCAUGAAAUAUUGAAAACUCAUCAGAUCAAUGGAGCAUUACUCGGUCAAAUGACUCUCGAUGAUCUUAAACGUUUUAAUGUACCAGUAGGUUUUGCCAAUUCCAUUGUCAAAAAAGUUGCCGCUUUGAAAGAAUUUCAAGCCAAAUAUCUCGGCACUCAUUUUCGUGAAAUGGAAGACUUGAUCACUGAUAUCCAUCCCACUCAAGAUUUUAUCACGAAUGAAUCGAUGAAUAGUGUUUCGAUCCCAUCAACUGUUUCUGUUACUGAUCAUUUAGGAUUUCUUCCAUGUGCUGCUUGGGAUGAGAGUCAAUUCAGUUCAGAACAAAAGAAAGCUUUUGAUUUUUGUAAGCAAAAGUUGGAUUUCAUUCCAGAAGCCACAAGUGUGAAUUCCAAGUACAGGGCAACAAUUUGUCAGAAUUUGACAUUCCCUGACAGGUUCAAGUAUGAAUAUUUGAAUCCACAGCGUUUAGAGAAUUAUAAAACGCGAACGACACCUGGAACUCCCAACGACUCCAUUAUGAAAGUGAGACUUGUCAUCACUGAAUUGAGUGAAGCUACUCAACACAGAUUCAUUAGAAAAUUUGGAUCAAUGUUUGGCUUGACUGGUGGUACAACUUAUGGAAUGUUUCACACUGCAUUGAUUGUUGGUCCUUGGUAUUUGGAAUGGGGUGACAAAUCUCUUGCCAUUGUUCGAAACCGUUCUUCUGCCAAAGCUGUUUUCGUUGCCCCUAUUGGUACCAUUCAAGGAACUCAGAGGGUCAAUCAAAAAAUUGAAGCUCUUGCCAAGCUUUGUGCUGAAUGGAAUGGAACAAAAACGUAUGACAGAAAAGACUGUAAUUGUCAACACUUCACUGAGGCUGCUAUUGAUGCUUUGAACAUGUCAAUUGAAUUCAAUCACAACAUUGAUGCCAAAACUAACAAGUUUCUAAAGAAAAUGAAACAAUUGGGAUCUGGUGAGCGUGUUUACAAAGUUGACAAGGAAUUGAAGAAAGUGUUGUUGGAUUCAAAUGUCAUAACCACAGACAAUGAUACACUUCAAUUAAUUCAAACCAUGAGAAAGAAAAUUGAAAGUAAUUCCACAUUUUGUUUCAAAACUCACAAGGAAUUGGAUGAAUUUGUGAAAUUUGCCAUAACUGUUCAUCCUCUUUUCACAUCUUCACAAGAUUAUGUUUUUUUGAGAGGGCUUGACAGAGGUUUUUGGUUGAAAUAUCAAAGCGCUAAAAAAAGUGAGAACAUCCAAAAGGACGACGAACGGUUGACUAAUUGCGAACCCUUAAUGGCAACCAGCUCGGAUCAUUGUUUGUGUCCUUUCAAUCCAACUCAAGAACCUAUUGACAAUGUGAACAUGACUGUGGUGGGACAAGAUUUUGUGUUGGAUGCUCAACUUGGUUGGCAACCUCCUAGUUUUGACCCUACCAAGCUUUAUUAG